AGCAGACCUUCCCGGCUCAGACAGCUGAGCAGAGGAGAGUUGAGAGGCACGGCCGGACAGACCCCCUGUCAGAGGGUUCCCCGUCCUGGGAAUCCAGGAAGAAGAGCCGCACACACACACACACACACAAAAACAAAAAAAGCCAAGCGUCAUCUGGCCUUUAAUUCAUCUGGUCACCCCAGAAAACCAUCCUGGAAAGCUCCAAAAUGUUUUUCAGACUCCCACGGCUGACUCCUGGAUAUAUCAGGCUGCUGCAGACCCAGGCCUACCACAACACGCCUGUGACAGCUCCGCCUGAGAAGACCAUGCCCGGUGUGGCCAUGCUGCUGGGGGCUGUCGGGAUCGGGAUGUGCGGGUACAGCUCCAGACAGCUGUCCCUCCACCACCGGCCCUCCACCCGCGUCCUCCACUGGGUCGGCACCCACACUGAUGCGAGCAGCAUGGGUGUGGGUGCUCACCGGGCCCCUGCUCUGGAUGUCCCUCGCAGAGUCCCUGCAUGUGCCGACAUCCCUCCACCGUCCUUUGUAGGACAGAAAAUUCCUUCAAAUUAAACGCUGGGAGUAGAACCACCAGCACCACGGAUCGAGUCCGAAUUUCUGCGCUACCACUUGUCUAAGAUUGUAGCUAUGCAGGCCCAUUGCCGCAAUGUGGCCCAUGUGCUCUCUGAGGACAAGUGGGUGUGGUCGCUCGGUCUGAUCUGUGUGUCUGCAGGAAAUGGUACAACCUAGCAAAAUCUAAUUCUGUGAUUAGCGCAAUACAAGGACUGUGAAGCUACGUUCACACCGCCCUCGGGGAAACGCUUUCAAGCGGCCACUUCUAAAGAAAAUACAUAAAAAUGCCAUUUGGGCUUCAGCGUUCAAAACCAAUGCGUUCACACAUUGCUAUGCUCAACGCAGAGCCAUUGAACGCAGGUUGAAAGAUAAACCAGGUUGAACUUUGACAAAUCAGGGACUCAGGAUUUGGCAAAAAAGAUGAGGUCCAUUUAAUUCACGGAAGUGUCAACAGUUUAAAAAAUUGAUCAUUUGUGUCCUUUCAUAUAUUGGAAUAGAACUGUGAAAGAAAAAGCCUGGAGCAAGAUUUGCACUACUUUCCAACUAUAGGUGUCAGGCAUGCGCUAGUAAAUAGUAGAAUAAUUUUAAGAAGAAGCCCCUCCCUGAUUAUCCAUUGUGAACCCCAUGUGCUAAAUUCAUGUUCAAGAAUGCACGUUUGAAUGCGGGUCACAUGACCGGUGUGAACGUAGCUUACCAGGUGUUUCAACAUUUUCAUUAGCAGGUUUCUGAAGCAUUGAUAUGGCGCCGAACAACAAGAGUGACUCAUAGGAUUGUGUGACUGAUGCUGGAACUUCCCAAAUCUUAUUGCUGAUUGCUGCUUUUUCGAGUUGGCACACCUAAUUUGAAGACAUUUGUCUGUCUUCUGAAGCCCUGGCAAGGAGAAAGACGGAAGCUUGGCAGUGUGGCUCACAGAUGGUUUGCCACAGUCUCUCUGUGCAGACCCCCCGCCCCCAUCCAAUUGGUUGUUAGGCAGAAAGCCAUGUGUAAUUGCUGAAGCAGCCCAUCCCUGCCCAUGACUUCAUCUGAAUCCCUCUGAGGAGGAUCAGGUGCCACUUGUCAACAAGCGUUUUCCUGGCACUGUCAGACUGUCAAUCCCACAACACCUGAAGGAGACAGCUCUUUUAUUCUUUUAUGAAAAACUGGAGAGUGGCAGUAGACUUUACAACAAGUAAACAACAGCAACUCUGUGCUGGAUUACAUCCUAGUUUGUGUGUCUGGGACACUGCGGGUGGGAUUCCAGCUAGGUAGGAUGGGGAAUCCUCCUGGAUUAGACCAUGUCAUCCUCAUUAGGGAUUAACCCUGGUGAAAAAUCAAUCCCGACACACACCCUUAUUAACCUAAUCAGCCGUUAAGACUUCCAUGGACCCGAGAGAGGCAGACAGAUCCUGUGCAUCCGAAUGUUGCGGCGUUCUCCCUGCAGCUUCCACCAGUUAUCUCACAGUCAUACGUCAUAUAUUGACGUUGGUAUUUUCGGAUUGCAAAAUGACAGAAAACUUGGGACUUGAGAUGUGGCGAGAAACUGAGAGUGGUUGAGAACGUGCGCUGUGCCUUAUGGAUUGAACAGGAUUACAUCGUCUGCAUUCGGUCUAUCCGGUUGAUAUGCAAGUUUAUCCCAUAAAUCGGCGACAAACACCAUUAAAAGGAGUCUUUUAUUUCUAAUUUAUUUCUAAAGCAAUGAGGAAAUUGCUGUGGUCUGAAAAGGAUAAGCACAAAAUGAAUCAAAGUUGUGUGCUUCCCGAUUUAGAGGUCAGCCAGACCUUGUAAUCUUUUCUUUUCUUUUCGUUUUAGCUGAAGAGUCAGCUCAGAAUUUCUGCCAAAUUGGACACAAGGAAAGGUGUAGCAAGGUGGGAAUUUUUUAGUGCCAACAGAGGCUCUGCAGGUCAGCUACAAAAUGAUCUUAAUCUACGCCGCCAAAGGGGUUAAUGGUUCCAGCAGGGAUCAGAUGCCAACCAACCAACACCUCUAAUCCACAAAAAUCUCUCAACUUCUAAAUCCACAUCUCACAAAUAUCUGAAGUGCAUCAGAACUCCUGCUCUGCUGUCGCACUCCUCAGAGUGGUGGAAUCGAUGUGGUGAUGGGCUGGAGGCUGUGUUAUGCAGCUCGCUGGUUUUGAUGGAUUUUCUCCAUGCUGCAGUGAUGCACAGUGAACACAGAUCACUGUGGAAACCUAUUGAUCUCAAUCAGAGAGUGAGGGGAGGAGAGCUCGUCUCCUCUCUGCAGCAAAUCUUCCCUGGCUGUUGUGCAGUAGAGGAAGGAAAAAAAAAAGGCGCCCCCGAAAACGCACAGAAUGUGGAAAACUGAGUCUGAAGCUCUAAAAAUAAAAAAAAAUAAAAUUCCGGGAUGUUUGAAGGCGCAGCACUCACCUGUCAGCUUGCUGUGAGUUGCACAUCAAUGCUUUUUCAUCAGUUACUAGUUCUGAAAAACUGAGUUAAACAUUACAGCAGAUCUGAACUAUUUGUAGAAUAAACAUGUUAAAAUAUAAAAUAAACAUAUAAAGCAAAUA